AUGCGCACUCGCUUCCACGUGCCGAAUCAUUGUCCUCAGGCACCUCUGACUGACUCAGGUCACAUCAAGACCUCCUUCCUGGUUGCCAUUGGGGGGGGCUGUGCGAAGACCGAAGACGAAGAAACGCAGAACUCCGAGGAGGACUCGGCGUCAUUCAGUGGCAGCGGCGUGUGUAAGUGGUUCAACGUGCGCAUGGGCUUCGGCUUCCUGUCCAUGACGAGCAGAGAAGGCACUCCGCUCGACCAUCCUGUCGACGUCUUCGUACACCAGAGCAAGCUGUACAUGGAUGGCUUCCGCAGCCUGAAAGAAGGAGAGCCGGUGGAGUUCACCUUUAAGAAGUCAUCAAAAGGCCUGGAGUCUCUGCGGGUAACGGGUCCUGGAGGGGUGCCAUGUGCAGGCAGCGAGAAGAAACCCAAAGGUGCCCAGAAACGGCGCUCUAAAGGGGAUCGGUGCUAUAACUGCGGUGGCCCAGACCAUCAUGCCAAAGAAUGCCAGCUGCCCCCUCAGCCCAAGAAGUGCCAUUUUUGCCAAAGCAUGUCUCACAUGGUAGCCAACUGUCCAAUCAAAGCACAGCAGGCAUCGCCGGGAUCUCAGGGAACCCCCACCUCACUGGCAGGAGAAGAAAUCCUGAUCCACACAGCCUCACCACCUGAUACCUCUGAUUGAAUGCUGGAUGGUGAAACGGGAUUACAGUCAGGGAUAACACAAGCACCAAUCAUGCUGCUCUUGGACCUAUCUCAGGUUUUUACUUUUCUAACAGCAUUAAUGAAUGUCGUCUCUCACUAACAUGACAUUGUAGUAAAAAUCAGUCAUUUAUAAUAGUGAGAGACUAUGUAACCUUGUGGUGUGGAUUGAACUUUUGUAUUUUGGUCUUAAUAUGUUUGGAGUCUGCCAUAUUUUUUUUUCCUCCACUUCGGUUCUAUUCAUGCAAGACGAAGAUUGAAGAAGUUGGUCAUCAUUUAAGAUCAAGUUUCAUUGAUUUUCAUUUGCAGGAUUGUAGGAGGGAUUUGUUAGUGUUUCUUUUUUUUCUUUCUUUCUUUCUUUUUUUUUUUUUAGCUAGCUAAGUGUCUUAGAUUUGUAUGGAAACAAUCAAAAACAAACUAUGUUUACAUAUUGCAAUAAGCCUGGAUGUUAAAUCACAGUUGUGAAGCACAUUUUUUUCCUUUCUCAUUUAAGGAAGACAAAGCCAAUGUUGCCAUUUCAUUUUUCAACACCAAAGAGCAUAAACUCAUUUACAGCUUUUAUACUUACUGUUAUACUUGAUUUUGAGUGAAUGAUGUUUGUCAUCAACUUCUUUAAGUUUUACAUAGUUUGAUUCCCAUAGCCAGUUGUAUGUUAUGUUUAAUUAUGAAGCUGUUGAACAAUGUGAAUAUCAUCUCAUUACACGCACUGUUGUGCAGUGUGAUUUAUCCAGGGCCUGCAUUUCCAAAUAUUGCCUAGUAAUUGCUGUAAGAAGACACUGACCAUGUAUCCCAAUACUGUUCUUAACACGCACUUAUCCCCUCACAACCCUUGGCAGCAAGCACAAAGCAUUAGCAGUGAUUUCCUUGGUGUCUAGACAUAUCAGCAUGAUAACUUGCUAAAAGGCUGGCUUGCAAAUGAGAUAAAGAUAAAUUAAAGAAGUUAUGUUAGCUGUCAAGUAUAGACAGAGUAGUUGGAUAUAUAAUAUAUCAAUGCCAAUUUGAAAGUCAACUAUUGAAUUGUACAG